GACCCGCCGCCCAUUCACCAGGCCGCCCUCAGCCUCGUGAUAAACUCAUCCUUCUUCAACCUGCCCACCACAACUCCCGCGGCAAGUAUGGUAUAGCUUAACCCGUCGCCCACCGUGGCAAUAUCGCUCCCGAAUUUCGCAUCCCCGAGAUAUUUGCCUAGCCAAGGCUCGACGUGAUGUCAGCCAACGAGAGCUCCCUAAACGGUCGUAGCCAGGAGCGCGAGACCACCGCCGACGAGGACGGCGAUCGGGGCAGCGCCCACAAGCGCAAGGCUUCGUCGCCCCCACAAGAUAGGAUCGAGCCUAGCCAGUCGCCAAAGAGGACCAGAUUGGACGACGAUGCCAAAAGCGAGAGCCCGUCUGCUCGAGCAUUGCCGGCUCGGAAUGCGCCUGACCCAGACCGCCGAGACAGCGCGCUGCAGGAGGAAAAGAGGCGCGGAAAGCGGUUAUUCGGUGGUUUGCUAAGCACACUAAGUCAAACCACUUCUAGCUCUCAGCAGAAAAGACGCCAAGAAAUUGAGCGACGACAGCAGGCAAAGGCUCAUCAGCAGAAGGUCGAAGACGACAAGCAAAAAGAGGAGAAGCUGGCCAAGCUGAGAGGCGUACGCGAGGCCGAGCAGCUCAAGUUUGACGAGCGAGUCAUGCAAUCGAGACACUCGAAUAUGCUCGCGACAGCGCGUUUCUUGGAAACCAAGAGCACCCCUAAAAUAUAUUAUUUACCCUGGGACCGUACGGACGCGCAAGAGAACACCAUCAAGGGCAAGAUGCGGCACGUCGAAGAAAUUAUCAGCAAAGAACUAGCCGAGUUCAAGGAACGCAGAGAGCAGAAGCUAAAGGCACUGGGCAUCGCCGUGGUGCCCGAGCCACCUACGCCAAUUCCUAAGGAUACAGUGGGUAGCAAACCUGAUAAUGAGCGUCUUACUGACCAUGCACAUUCCGAUCCUAAUGACCGCCCCCCUUCACGUACACACAAACCCGGCCCUGAGAAAGAGCCUGACAGGGCAGACGAUGCUAUGAUCGAGGAGGAGGUGGAGGACACGGUAAUUUAUUAAUGUUUUCUACGUUCUCACAUUGUUUUUUUAGUCUCUCUCUCUCUCUCUUUUUUUUCAUCCUAUUCUAUUUUAGUCUACCUCUCCAGGGCAGGGGAGGCGGGCGAAACUACGAGUCUGUUGUGAUAUGAGACGGAUAUACGACUAAAGGGGGCAUCGCC